CUCAAAUUAGUCCUCUCUUUCUUUUUUCGUCUCCCUCUAGAAACGAUAUCCUCGUUUCCAAGAGAGAUUAAGAAAGAAAGAGAGGGAUGAGGGAGAUUGUAAGCAUACACCUUGGACAAGCCGGAGUUCAGGUUGGAAAUUCGUGUUGGGAGUUAUAUUGCCUCGAACAUGGAAUUACACCCGAUGGUUUUAUGCAUACCAAUGCCUCAUCAAAUGAGGGAAACAACUCCUUCGGUACCUUCUUCAGCGAAAGCAGUUCAGGGAAAUACGUCCCGAGGGCUUUGUUUGUUGAUCUUGAGCCCACAGUCAUCGAUGAAGUAAGAACCGGUAGCUACAAAAAACUCUUCAAUCUCAAUCAACUCAUUUCCGGUAAGGAGGAUGCAGCCAACAACUUUGCCAGAGGACAUUACACAGUGGGGAAAGAACUUAUCGAUCAGUGUGUGGAUUGUGUAAGAAAAUUGGCAGACAAUUGCACCAAUCUGCAAGGGUUUAUGGUUUUCAACGCUAUUGGAGGUGGCACUGGCUCUGGUUUAGGAUCAUUGAUCUUAGAACGCUUGUCUAGCGAGUAUGGAAAGACAUUGAAACUUGGAUUUACAAUCUUUCCAUCUCCAAAGGUGUCGACUGCAGUUGUAGAACCUUACAAUGCCGUGCUAUCCACUCACUCAAUGAUUGAACACACCGACAUUGUGGUACAACUAGACAAUGAAGCCAUAUACGAUAUAUGCAGAAAAUCGUUAGAUCUUGAAAAGCCAUCUUACAGAAACUUGAAUCGCUUAAUAUCUCAAACGAUCUCAUCUUUAACAACUUCUUUGAGGUUUAAUGGAUCCAUGAACGUCGAUAUUUCAGAAUUCCAAACAAAUCUUGUCCCCUUCCCCAGGAUCCAUUUCAUGCUUUCGUCAUAUGCACCAGUGAUCUCAUCAGUUCGAGCUUACCACGAGUUGUGCUCAGUUCCUGAGAUAACAAAUGCCGUAUUUGAACCAUCUAACAUGAUGGUCAAAUGUGACCCAAGGCAUGGAAAAUACAUGGCUUGUUGCCUCAUGUACCGUGGAGACAUUGCUCCAAAGGACGUUAACACAGCUGUUGGAUCCAUCAAAACCAGGAAAACUAUCCAAUUCGUCGAUUGGUGUCCGACAGGGUUUAAGUGUGGAAUCAACUACCAGGCUCCGACAGUAGUGCCUGGUGGAGAUCUGGCGAAGACAAAACGAGCUGUGUGUAUGAUCAGCAACAACACCGCUGUGUCGGAGGUUUUCAGUCGGAUUGAUCACAAAUUUGACAUGAUGUUCGCUAAACGCGCAUUUGUGCACUGGUAUUUGGGUGAAGGGAUGGAAGAAGGUGAGUUCGGAGAAGCACGUGAAGAUCUUGCAGCUCUAGAGAAAGAUUACGAGGAAGUGCUGCAAGAUGGCCAGCAAGAUGAGGACUACUGA